AUGGAAAAUGGAAGCUUGGACAAGAGGAUAUUUGACUGUAAUGAGAGUUUGUUACUAGCUUGAGAAUAGAGGGAAGUCUUGAAAGAUGUGGCUAGUGGGAUUUUCUAUUUGCAUGAGGGUUGGGAAGCUAAGGUUUUACGUAGGGACAUUAAGGCAAGCAAUGUGUUGCUUGACAAGGAAAUGAAUGCUAAGCUGGGAGACUUUGGAUUGGCUAGAAUGCACCACGGUCAAUUAGUCAGCAACGCAAGAGUGGUUGGGACAUUGGGAUACAUGGCGCCAGAAUUGGUUCAAAAUGGGCGAAUCUCCGCUCAAACUGAUGUGUUUGGUUUUGGGGUAUUGGUUCUUGAAGUGGUUUGCGGCCGAAAAUCCAUUGAGCAGUGCUUGCCAAUCCUGGUCGAUUGGGUAAGGAGGCUAAUGGAGACAGGGGAAUUACUUUGUGCUCUUGACAAGAGGCUAAAGGACAAAAGUGGAUGUGACAUGAAGGAAGUUGAGAAGUUUCUUUUUUUGGGAUUGUUGUGUGCGCAUCCUGAGCCUCGGGGAAGGCCAACGAUGAGGCAAGUUGUCAUGAUAUUGGAGAGUGGAUUUGAUGCCACCGAUCAUGCUGAAGAGAACGGAAUGGAAGCUGCGCUGAUCGAAGGAAGAAUUGAGGCAACAAACAAGUCUCGUUGGUGCUUUGGUGGAAGAGAAACACACUCUACGUUUGAAGAGAUUAGGCAUUCUCUUUUCUGA